AUGUGGGGGAUCCAGCGGAGUCGAUAUGAAGACGGCAACGGCUCUGAAGCCGGCGAAGAGACCGAGAUUGUUGUGAACAUCGGCGGCGUGAAACAGGUGUUGUUUGGGGACGUGUUGAAUCGCUACCCGGACACUCGGCUGGCAGAACUGGUCGACUGUUCACUCAAGUCUUCCGAAGAAAUAUCCUCACUAUGUGACGACUACGACCCUGACACGGGAGAAUUUUACUUUGACAGAGACCCCGAAGCAUUUAAGUGUAUAACGGAGCUGUAUUUGUAUGGAGAGAUUCACAUGAAGCGAGGCAUCUGUCCAAUUUGUUUCAUGAAGGAGAUGGAGUUCUGGAAGAUCGACUCGGAUUUUCUGGACGACUGUUGUAAAUGCCACCUGAAGGAGGUAGAGGAUGAACUCGCAGAGAUCGCAGAGAAAGUGAAAACUAUCCUAGUGGACCGAGAUGGAGAUCCGUCUGCAGGAGGCUGGCAGCGCUUCCAGAUGUGCCUCUGGAGGCUGAUGGAGAAGCCGGAGUCCUCGUUGCCUGCGCGCACAAUCGCCAUCGUCUCUUUCAUUUUUAUCCUCGUCUCCUCUGUGGUGAUGUGCAUCGGGACAAUCCCCGACCUGCAGGUGGAGGACUCGGAGGGUAACCUCACGGAGAACCCAACUCUGGAGGUCAUCGAGACGGUGUGCAUCGGCUGGUUUACUAUUGAAUACAUCCUGCGUUUGAUCUCCUCCCCAAAUAAAAUGAAAUUCGUCCUGGCUUUCAUGAACAUCGUCGACUUCAUGGCGAUCAUGCCCUUCUUCGUUGUGCUAAUUCUGACCUCCUUGGGUACAGGAGUUAUGGAGCUGGCUAACGUGCAGCAGGCGGUGCAGGCUUUACGCAUAAUGCGCAUUGCGCGCAUUUUCAAACUGGCUCGCCAUUCCGCUGGACUCCAGACCCUCACAUCUGCCCUGAAGAGCAGCUUUAAAGAGCUCGGACUGCUCCUCAUGUAUAUGGGCGUGGGGGUCUUCCUUUUCUCCGCAUUGGGCUACACCAUGGAGCAGAGCCACCCGGAAACCCUGUUCACCAGCAUCCCGCAGUCGUUCUGGUGGGCUGUGAUCACCAUGACCACGGUGGGCUAUGGAGACGUCUACCCCAAGACCACUUUAGGUCGGUGUAACGCGGCCCUCAGCUUUCUGUGCGGGGUGAUCGCCAUAGCGCUGCCUAUACACCCCAUUAUCAACAAUUUCGUCUUGUUCUACAACAAGCAACAGGUGCUGGAGACCGCUGCCCAGCAUGAGAUUGAACUGAUGGCACUGCGCUCAGGUGAGCUGGAGGCUGCGCCCGGCGCGCAGACACACGCGUGUAUCGCAGGUGUCUGGGACAACGCCAUGCACUCCUGUCACAGCGACACCUUCAUCCCCUUACUGAAAGAUCACAGAAGAGGGGCCGGGAUUCAGACCCCCAGCAUGGACACAAGCUUUGAAAGCACAGCCGAGGCCAAUGAAUAUUUCAUCUGAUAAACACUGAAGACUCAUGCGAAAAGAUUCUGCAACAAAACAACAAAGGAAUCAUUAAUUGCGGUCUUCUUUCAAC